GCGCGCCCGGCCCGCCGCCCUCGGAGCCGCUCGAGCCUCGGCCCCGCAGACCCCGGCUGCAGCCGCCGCGCUCCGCCGCCGCCCAGCGCGCCCAGGAAACCAACAUGUCUGACAAAAGUGACUUAAAAGCUGAGCUAGAGCGCAAAAAACAGCGCUUAGCACAGAUAAGAGAAGAGAAGAAACGGAAGGAAGAGGAGAGGAAAAAGAAAGAGGCUGAUAUGCAGCAAAAGAAAGAACCUGUUCAGGACGACUCUGACCUGGAUCGCAAACGCAGAGAGACAGAGGCUCUUUUGCAAAGCAUUGGUAUAUCGCCGGAGCCCCCGCUAGUGCAGCCGCUGCAUUUUUUAACAUGGGAUACCUGUUAUUUUCAUUAUUUAGUCCCAACCCCUAUGUCUCCCUCCUCGAAAUCAGUGAGCACUCCUAGUGAAGCCGGAAGCCAAGACUCAGGCGACCUGGGACCACUAACAAGGACCCUGCAAUGGGACACAGACCCCUCAGUGCUCCAGCUGCAGUCAGACUCAGAACUUGGGCGAAGACUGCACAGGCUGGGUGUGUCGAAGGUUACCCAAGUGGAUUUCCUGCCCAGGGAAGUUGUGUCCUACUCCAAGGAGACCCAGACUCCUCUGGCUACACAUCAGUCUGAAGAGGACGAGGAAGAUGAGGAAAUGGUAGAACCUAAAGUUGGCCACGAUUCAGAACUGGAAAAUCAAGACCAAAAGCAGGAGGUGAAGGAAGCCCCACCACGAGAGCUGACAGAGGAAGAGAAACAGCAGAUUCUUCAUUCAGAGGAGUUUCUCAUCUUUUUUGAUCGGACAAUCCGGGUAAUUGAAAGAGCGCUAGCAGAAGACUCUGACAUCUUCUUUGACUACAGCGGUCGGGAGUUAGAGGAAAAAGAUGGGGAUGUCCAGGCUGGAGCCAACCUUUCUUUCAAUCGUCAGUUCUACGAUGAGCAUUGGUCCAAGCAUCGAGUAGUCACUUGUAUGGACUGGUCUCUCCAGUACCCUGAGCUGAUGGUCGCUUCCUACAACAACAACGAGGAUGCUCCUCAUGAACCAGAUGGAGUGGCCUUGGUUUGGAACAUGAAGUUUAAGAAAACCACACCAGAAUACGUCUUCCACUGUCAGUCAUCUGUGAUGUCAGUGUGCUUCGCUCGUUUCCAUCCCAACUUGGUGGUUGGUGGUACUUACUCAGGCCAAAUUGUCCUGUGGGAUAAUCGCAGUCAUCGAAGGACGCCAGUACAGAGGACACCCUUGUCAGCUGCUGCACACACCCAUCCCGUGUACUGUGUAAAUGUUGUUGGGACCCAGAAUGCCCAUAACCUCAUCACUGUCUCUACUGAUGGCAAAAUGUGUUCCUGGAGCCUGGACAUGCUCUCAACUCCACAGGAGAGCAUGGAGCUGGUUUACAAUAAGUCCAAGCCUGUGGCCGUUACCGGAAUGGCUUUCCCGACGGGAGACGUCAAUAACUUCGUGGUUGGCAGCGAGGAGGGUACGGUCUACACGGCCUGUCGUCAUGGAAGCAAAGCAGGUAUUGGGGAGGUCUUCGAAGGUCACCAGGGGCCGGUGACUGGAAUUAACUGCCAUAUGGCUGUGGGCCCAAUCGACUUCUCACACCUGUUUGUCACGUCAUCAUUUGACUGGACCGUCAAACUGUGGACCACAAAGUUCUUAAUUAGGCUCGCUAGACGGCCCGAGGCAGCGGCAGCGCCACCGAGUCUUCCCGGUCUCUGCUUACAGCACAACAAGCCGCUCUACUCCUUUGAAGACAACGCGGACUACGUGUACGACGUCAUGUGGUCCCCCGUGCACCCCGCGCUCUUCGCCUGCGUGGACGGGAUGGGGCGCCUGGACCUCUGGAACCUCAACAAUGACACGGAGGUGCCAACAGCGAGUGUGGCCAUCGAGGGGGCUUCCGCCCUAAACCGUGUUCGCUGGGCUCAGGCUGGCAAGGAGGUUGCCGUCGGAGACUCAGAAGGCCGCAUCUGGAUCUACGACGUUGGAGAGCUUGCAGUUCCCCACAAUGACGAAUGGACCCGAUUUGCCAGGACCCUUGUGGAGAUUCGCGCUAACAGAGCUGAUAGUGAGGAGGAAGGCACGGUUGAGUUAUCUGCCUAGUAGAAAAGAAGCACCUCCUACCCCGCCCCCACCUUCACCUUCUAGAACUCAGCUCUGCACUCAUGGAUUCCACUUAUAUUCAGUGUCCGUUUAGUAUCAGUGUUGCGUGACAUUCGGGUGUCAUAUUGUGCCAGCUUUGCUCUGAAUAUUCCAAAUGUAUCCACCCCACUUUACACUGACCUGAAAUUCACCAGAGCAUUUCUAUCUUUAUAUUUGUCUCAAAAAUGGGGGGAGGGGUGUAGGCUUUACGGGUUUAGUUGUUGCCUUUUAACUACUUAGUAGCUGUAUUUAAUAGCUGGAAACCUCUGGUUAAAUUUGUUCUUACAUGCACUUCUGGCAUAGUCCUAUUAAAUCCAUAUGAAGCCAGAUAUGAUUAGGUGCAGAUGUGGUGUGCUUCAUGAUAUGGUACAGGGCCAAAGACUUGAGAUGUGGUGUUUUACAUGGUGACUCACAUUAUGAAUGGAUUUACUAGAAGAACAUUGCUGCUCCUUAUUUAUUGUGGUGUGCUGCAUGGAACAUAUUUAUUUGAGAGCAUUAAAAUAAACGAUCCUAGAGCAUGUGCAUAAUGAGAGGACUGUAUUGUCUCUCUGCUGCUGUUGAAGUUACAUUAAGUUCCAAAUAACAAUUACAGUAUGCCGGUUCCACUGAGGACAAGAAAUCUUUAGAGGUUUGUUGCAGGGAACGGAAUGAAUUUUAAUGCCUAUUAUUUCUAGGUACUUGAACAAUAUUUCAAAUGUAGUUGACCAUUGAUACUUGUCAUUCAAGCUAACACAGUCCCAACAAAAGUCUGUGGUUCCUGAAUAUGACACCAGUAUUGCCAAUAAAAUGUUCCAAACAA